CGUAUCCCCUCUGGAGCUCGGUCGCUCUGCAGAGCAAGGCUGGCACUUGAGGCCACGCCAGUGGUGAAGCCUGCUCCUCAGACAGGCUUCGGUCGCGUUCGGGUGCCCGGCAGGCGUGGUCAAGGCUGCUGGCUCUGGGCCUGCCCUCCCUGGGUUAGGGGGCCGGGUAGAGUAGAGGCUGGCUAGGCAGGGUGAGCACGCAAGGCUUGGGAAUGCAGGUCCACCCAAUGCAGCCUGAUGGAAAAUUGCCCUAAAACCGGAGAAAUAGGGUCGAUAUGAGGCCAGAGUCCAGGCAAAUGCUACUGUCUCUCCGCCCCAGGCUGCGACUUGCAGGCUAUGGCGUAUAUGUAUACCCAAAUUCUUUCUUUCGUUAUGAAGGAGAAUGGAAGGGAGGAAAGAAACAUGGUCAUGGGAAGCUGUUGUUUAAAGAUGGAAGUUAUUAUGAAGGUGAAUUUGUGGAUGGAGAAAUCACUGGGGAAGGCUACCAACACUGGGCCUGGUCAGGAAACACCUACUCUGGACAGUUUGUUUUAGGAGAGCCUCAAGGACAUGGCAUCAUGAAGUACAAAGCUGGAGGCCACUAUGAAGGGGAGCUCUUCCACGGCCUGAGGGAAGGACAGGGGUUUCUGGAGGACCAGGAUGGGCAGGUGUACCAGGGUUCCUUCCAUGACAACAAGAGACAUGGCCGUGGGCAGAUGAUCUUUAAGAAUGGUGACAAGUAUGAAGGCGACUGGGUUCGAGACCAGCGUCAGGGACAUGGGGUGCUGUGCUGUGCCGAUGGCUCCACAUAUGAGGGACAGUGGCACAGUGAUGUCUUCAGUGGGCUUGGCAGAUUGGCCCACUGCUCAGGUGUCACUUACUGUGGGAUGUUUAUCAAUGGUCACCCAGCAGCACAGGCUAAGAAAAUUGUGGUUCUGGGCCCAGAGGUAUUGGAAGUGUCCCAAGGCUCUCCCUUCACAUUGAAGGUCCAGCUACAGCAAGAUGACGGGGACAUUGCUAAGAGUGAGAGUGGCCGGAUCCUGAAGAUCUCAGCUGGAGUCAGAUAUGUGCAACUCCCAGAGUACUCUGAGGUCAGCUUUUUCAAGAUGGAUGAAGAUCACAUGGAGACACCCAUCCAGACACCAUUUGGGUUCCAGUGUAUUUCCUAUCCUUUGUCCAUCCCCAUGUCCUGGGGACUGGAGCCUGGGUCUAAUGUGGAAAGUGCCAGAGCUGACAUACUACUCUCCAAGAGAGACUCAGAGCCAGUGCUGGACUCAGGAGCCUUCCAUGGCCAGGGAGAUACCCCCAGCAUCCUGCCAGCAAGGAGAUAUGAAUCCUGCUGUCCUGCAGUCUGUCAGCGAGUGGAACAAGGCUGUGCUGAGUUUGUGGACAUCUUUCUCGGACCUCCUCCACCUGGGAUGCAGCCCUUUCUGUUCCUACCCAGCAUGCUUGAGAAGAACGGCAAUAGACCCAAAGGUGGUCAGAAUCCCCCAGAGAUGGUACACACUGUCCAGGAGCUUCCAAAAGGCACCAGGCCUGAUGGGACCACAGUUGAGCCAUCAACAUCUGCGUAUCGAGGGGAGUAUGUGGUCAUGGUCUGUGAUGUGACUACUCCUCCGUUCCUGGGCCAUAGGCUGCCCACCACCUUCAAACACUUGCGAGUCUUGGCAAAGAGGGACAGCCAGUGGCCCCAUGUCCCUGAAGAUCACCCAGAAGCUCUAAGCUAGAAACCACUCCUUUCCUGUGGACAUAAAGGAGCCAGUAACACCCUCAAGGGAAGGCCACCCUCCCUUGAAUGGAGGUUCAUGCUGCCUCCCCCAGGGACCACAGCCUGGGAGUUGGGAGCUGGCUCACGUGAGCCCCACGGCUACUGACUUCAAUAAAACUCGCCACACCAA